AUGUCGCUUCCUAUGGGAGCCGAUCCAACUGGCAAAGAUGGAUCUGGAGAUACGCCAUUGUUUCCUGCGAUCAAGAACGGCGAUGCUGCCAUGGUGCAAAUGUUGCUGGAGACGCGGGUUGAUCUCAAUGUUGAGAAUGAGUCUCGAUAUCUGGAGGCGACUCCGCUCGGACUGGCGAUACACCAGGAAUUGGGUGCCAUUGUUUGGCUGCUGGUGGAAAAGGGUGCAGGUCUUCCUUCUUAG